AAGCAAUUUAAAAAUAAAAACAUUGUAAACUUCUAAAGGUUUAUGUUAUGAGUGUUAUGAUAUUUAAACUUUAAUGAUCAAGUAUUAAAAUUGUAAUAUUAUAAUAUAGAAAAUACUACAUAACAGUAAUAGACGUCAACUGUACAUAUACGCCCAACAGAUUAAGAAUUUAAUACUUACCAACUUGAGUGUUCAAUUAAAGAAAUUAUGUCCGAGGAAGAUAAAAUUGAAGACUUUGCAUGUGUAGAAGAAUCUCCCAAAAGAGGACCAACUCUUUCGACUAGUACUAGUAGUUUUGAACGUAAUGAUCCUCAUGAUCCUAAUUUAAGCUUAUUAUCCACUAAAAUGUUUGAAAAAACAUCUGAAUAUUUGAUGGGAGAACUUAAUAUUACUGAGGAGGAUUAUAAAUUGUUGGAAACCAUGAAUAAAGUCACUAUGCAAAAAUAUGCAUCUUAUAGACAAAUUGCUUCAGAUGUUGGAAAACAAAUCAUUGAACUAAAUGAAAAAUAUAAAUCAUUAGAACCAUACCUUUCUCAAAUUGACCAGAUUGAAGAUAGUGUGUCCAAGUUAGAACAAGCAGCUUUUAAGUUGGAUGCAUAUGCCAAGAGAUUGGAAGCAAAAUACAAGAGCUUAGAAAAACGUCAAUAAUUUUAAUCUUAUAUCAAUUUGGUUGUAUCCUGUGAUAAGUUUUACAUAGUUAUAUUGAAUAAUAAAUAAAUAUAUCAACUAUUAAUUUCUGUGAUUUUUUA